AUGGUGCCAGACAUAUAUAUCAGACCUGAGCGCAUAUUCACCGUCCUGGUUUUUUCUCUCACUGCUCUCCUGGGUGUCCCCGGCAAUGCUCUGGUACUUUGGGUUACUGGAGUGAAGAUGGAGAGGACCGUGACCACUGUUUGGUUUGGGAACCUUGCUCUGGCCGAUAUCAUGUGCUGCUUGUCUCUUCCAUUAUGGGCGGUGCAGUCAUUAUACUCAGACUGGCUGUACGGUCCCGUCCUCUGCUGGAUGUUAUUUUUCAUUGUUUACCUUAACAUGUUUACCAGUGUCUUCACCCUGGUGGCUAUCAGCGUUGACCGAUGGAUUCUGGUGGUCCAUCCCGUGUGGGCCCGAAAUCACCGAAGAAUCAGAAUGGCAUGGAUGAUAUGCUUGGCUAUUUGGAUGUUGUCCUUCUUGAUGUGUCUGCCUGAGGCCAUCUACAAGAGAUAUCACACCUCUAAUAACAGGACCUUCUGCUAUUCAGAACCUCACAUAAGAAAGCCCUUCUAUUUUACAUGUGCAAUUUUUGGAUUUCUGAUCCCUCUUAUUAUCAUUUGUAUCUGUUACAUUCAUCUGGCUUUUACAGUACAAAAUAUCCGAUUUUCUCAAGUAGGUAGAAAAACCAUCAAGAUCUCAAUAAGUAUUAUUGUCGUGUUUUUCAUCACCUGGGCGCCCUUCCACAUCAUAGGAGUAACCAGGCUAUACACUGACAAUUGGGUGCUGUACAUUUUGGACAUUGUCUCAGAGUCUCUGGCGUUGUUCAAUAGUUGCCUCAACCCAAUACUCUACGUCUUCAUGGGGAAAGAUAUGAAGCAGAAGCUGAGACAGUCUAUUGGCGAGCUCAUGCAAAAUAUAUUUAGGGAGAAUGUAUUAUCCCCACCAUGCAAUGAGGACCAGCGCCCCCCAGAAGAAGAAGAAAGCCUCCCGCUCUAAUGUAUGGAAUGGAUUUGUAGAUGUUUUAGAGUUUUUAUCUUUAUUAGUGAUUGUGAUCAACUACUGCUCAGCAUCUUAUCAGUGCAUGUUAGGGCGGCCAUACUGUAUGUCUUGAAUAAGUCACAUGCCAUCAGGGCUUAGUGCUUAUUGACCAUUUGGGGUGAGAGGUGUUAUCAGUAUAUGUGCAGCCCCCCUCCCCCUCCUUGCAAGCUGUCCAAUCUGUCUACUGAUCACUAAGCUGGAACAAGUCUGCUUAUCUGUAAAGUCCGAUCUUUAUUUCUUUGCUUGUUCAGGGCAUGGGACACAUAGAGGAUAAACACGACAACCAGGAAACUGACUUUUGCAGAUGUAAAUUAACAAUGGCAUACAGUGUAUCUACUUUUCAGCUACCCACCAAAAAAGAAUAAUAAUAUCUAUUUCAGUUAACUUAAA